AUGUCCCUCUUUCUGCGUGCCUCUAGACUCCGGGCACCGGCCCUCGCCCGCUCUAUGGGCUCCUACGCCACAUUCAAAACCCCUACUGUCAACAACGAGCCUAACAAGACAUACGCCCCCGGCACCCCCGACAGAAAGUCGCUCCAGGACGCUCUGGCCAAGUACAAGCAGAACGGUCCUUUGAAUGUCCCUCUCGUCAUCGCUGGCCAGACAAUCAAGUCCUCGUCUCCUCUCACUCAGUCCAACCCCUCCACACACGCUCCCCUCGCCUCCUACUCCAAUGCCACUUCCGAACAAGUCCAAAAAGCCGUUGACUCUGCUCUGGCGGCCCGCGAAUCAUGGGCCUCUACCUCGUUCGCAGACCGCGCCAGUAUCUUCCUCAAGGCCGCCGACCUUAUCGCCCACAAGUACCGCUAUGAUGUCAUGGCCUUAACCAUGCAUGGUCAGGGAAAGAACGCCUUCCAGGCUGAGAUUGACGCUGCUGCGGAGCUCUGCGACUUCUUACGCUUUGGCGUCAAGUACGCUGAGGAGCUCUACGCCCAGCAGCCUGUUCACAAUGCCCCUGGUGUGUGGAACCGUGUGGAAUACCGUCCCCUCGAAGGCUUCGUCUAUGCUGUCAGCCCCUUCAACUUCACUGCUAUUGGUGGUAACCUGGCUGCUGCCCCUGCUCUAAUGGGUAACGUGGUUAUCUGGAAGCCGUCCCCCUCUGCUAUCGCUUCCAACCACCUCGUCCACGAGAUCUUAGUCGAGGCCGGUCUCCCCCGCGACGUCAUCCAGUUCGUCCCUGGUGAGGCCGAGGAGGUCACUGACGUCGUGCUGAACCACCGCGAGUUCGCUGCUCUGCACUUCACCGGUAGCACAUCUGUCUUCCGCAGCCUGUACGGCCAAAUCGCCCAGGGUGUCGCCCAGGGCAAGUACCGCAGCUACCCCCGCAUUGUCGGUGAGACUGGUGGUAAGAACUUCCACCUCGUGCACAAGACUGCCGACAUCCGCAACGCCGCCGUCCAGACCGUCCGCGGUGCUUUCGAAUUCCAGGGCCAGAAGUGCAGCGCCACCUCGCGCGCCUACAUCCCCGCCUCGCGCGCCGACGAGUUCCUCUCCCAGCUCGCUGCUGAGACCAACGCCCUCAAGCAGGGUGAGCCCUCCGACUUUACCAACUUCUGCGGCCCCGUCAUCCACGAGGCUUCGUUCAACAAGCUUGCCGGCGUCAUCGACGAGGCUAAUAAAGACCCCGAGCUCGAGCUCCUCGCCGGCGGCUCCUACGACUCGUCCAAGGGCUGGUACAUCAAGCCCACCGUCUACCGCACCACCAACCCCGACCAUCCCCUCCUCUCGCGGGAACUCUUCGGCCCUGUCCUGGUCGUCUACGCCUACCCGGACGCCACUGAAGAGGACUUCUCGCGCAUCUGCCAGAAGAUCGACACCACUGGUGAAUACGGUCUGACGGGUUCCGUCUUCGCGCAGGACCGCGACGUCAUCGUCCGCGCCAGCGACGCCCUCCGCAACACUGCCGGUAACUUCUACAUCAAUUGCAAGAGCACCGGUGCCGUUGUCGGCCAGCAGCCGUUCGGUGGUGCCCGUGCCAGUGGUACGAACGACAAGGCUGGCAGCGCCAACUUGCUGUCGCGGUUUGUGUCGCUGAGAUCUGUCAAGGAGGAGUUUGUGCCGACGUACUCGGUUGGAUACCCCAGCAAUGCUUAG